GUCCAGUACUCACCAUUUAUUAUCAACAACUUUUCAAAAAAGCUGAGCAAACGAAACUCUGUUCAAUUUACAUACAUAUCCUUAAACGUUAAUUCAAUCAAUUCAAUACAAAAACCCUAUAAACUCCCUCCGAACUUUCUAAAUCAAGACUUUCUAUCAAACCUGCACUUCUGAUCUCGUACUUUAGUCUUUCAAUCGAUCUCUUCGUAGUCUUCAAUCGUAAGACGGAAGGGCAUCUGAUCCCUUUCCGUCCCGCUGGGAACCGGAUGACUUCUCACGACGACGAACUGUCUAGGAAUAUGGACAGGAUCACUCAACUUCAAGAUGGUAUUGAUAACCUCGUCACAAUCAUGUAUAGCACUGUUAGUUACCUUUCUCGUAAGGCCGACUUUGAACAAGUGAACCCGGAUAUCCCAAUCACUCAAUCUAUUUCAGAUCCAACUAAAAUCGAUCAAGCAAAAGAAACGUUCAAUCAAAAUUGUCAAGAGUUAGUCGAGGAUUUUAUCAGAAAAGCAAAACAACUUGAAUAUUUAAUUUCAAUUUUACCACCACACGACGAUUCAUCAACAAUUCCACUACCCAACACCACCGAUCCACCACAAGCCACAAGCUCUUCACUCUCAUCUAGUCCAACUAAUCACAAUCGAGUUUAUACCAUCUCAUCUUCAACGUGUACUGAACCAGAUGGUACCAAAGUAUCAAGUCCGAUCACCAAACCAACAAAUGGCGAAAUUUCUUCUGAUCAGAAUCAUUCAGUUGAUGAGGAUGAUGAACUUGGUACUGAUAAAGAUGAAUUCAAUCGACUACAACGUGAUAUAGAAGAUGCUCAGGCAGAGUAUGAACAUGCGCUUUCUAUUGCUGAAUCAUUACAUUCUGAGAUCAAGUCUAUCUUGAAACUCGUACUUGAGAAACGUAGUCAAUCAGGUGCAAUGUCUCCUUGAAUACCUUUUAUAUCGUUGAAAACUUGGACUUGAUCUUUUUGACUUUUGGAUCUAAUGUAAUUUGAAGUGGAAACAAGUUGAAUUCCCUUUUUGUGAUAUUUGUAUUUCUCUAAACAUUGUUGAUUGGGCUGUUACUCAUGUAAAGAGAUGAUUACCUCAGUACAUAUAUAGAUGGGUUGUUUUCUAUAUACAGUCGCCACCUAUAAGCAUAGUUAUCAUUG